AAACUUGGUAUUGCACCUACUGGCUCACUUCAAACUCAAAGUGUACUUGAAACUGCUGGUGAUUGUAUCGCUGAAGGUGGAAAAUUGGGAAUUUUUACUCCUAUGUAUUUGUUAGUUGGUAGAAAACCUGUUGAUAUUGAUUUGUAA